AUGUUGCUAGGAUUCGUCCUCGUGCUGGCCUUGUCUUGCGGACCGCAGGACAGCGAAGGAGCUCGGGCGCGACGACUUCUAACCACUCAUGACGAGAAAGAUCAGGGUCUCCGAUGGGUUUCAACCAGUUCUCUCUCCAAACUCCCUCGCACAGUCAGACUCGAACGUCAAUCUUUGAUCGGGCAAUCGCUUCACGCGCCUGGCUAUUCAGGCGCGCCGCGAGUUCUCUUGCUCGUCCGACGAGAAGCUCCUCUGCAGCGCAAACUGCUACAGCCGGAGCAGCAGGUUCAGAAUCUGAGACAGGUGGCUAGACGGAUUAUGUUAAAUCUGUGGAAGAAGCAGCGGCGUCCGAAAAAGCAGCAGGAGCAGAAGAAGCAGGGGAAGGAGGAGCAACUGCAGCAGCCUGCUCCUGCUCAGGGCGAUGGCAAUCUUGGAGAUACAAGCAAUUUUGAUUUUUCCGAGGUGGUGGGGAUGAAGGGAGAGGAGGCACGAAAGUACAUCCAGGCCUCUGCACCGCAGUGGAACGUUGCCGUCAUUCCGAGUGGGGCCAUGAUUACCGGGGAUUUUCGAGAAGAUCGCGUUCGCGUCUUCGUGGACAAAGCUGGAAUUGUUCAGAGAACUCAGGUUGGGUAG